CUCCUGCACCGUCACAUAACACCGCUGGUCAGGACAGGAGACGGAGACCUCCUCGGCCUCUAUAUUUACAUGUCUAACCUGCGGUAACAAAUCCUUUCCCGUCCCUCCGAGAAGACCGAAACCAUCGCAGGAAGCCGACAGUUCAGAGGAGGGCCAAACAGUGAUGGCCUCCGUUAAAAAGGACAACAGGCUGACGAGCUCUCAAAGCUUUAUGUGCGUCGGUUUCGCCGGCUUUUUCAGUAAAACCGUCACGUCGCCUUUGGAGGUGGUUAAAAUCAAGAGUCAGGUGGGCACUUUUCACUGCAAGAGAGGUUUCUGGCAGAGUUUUCUUCUCAUCUACCACAAUGAGGGACUUCGAGGCUUUUGGAAAGGAAAUCUCGCCUCUUGUGUGCGGUUGUUCCCCUACACCGCAGUUCAUCUCACAACAUACAAAAAGAUAGUUCACCUCCACAUGGAUGAAGUGGGCUUCAUCUCUCAGUGGAGGGCCAUAUUGGCUGGUGGACUGGCCGGCGUUGCAGCCGCCCUGCUCACGUACCCUCUGGAGGUGGCAGAAACCAGGCUUAUCGCUCAGAACUGCAGAAAGCCCACGUACAUUGGUGUAGUUCACAGUCUCUCAAAGAUCUACAAGCAUGAAGGACUGCGUGCUCUCUACAGGGGCUUUUCCCUCACUUUGUUGGGUGCUUUCCCCUUUUCUAUCGGAUGCUAUGCGGUCCACAUGAACUUGGACAGGCUCUGGCAGGAGCCUCCUUUUCGCUUCACUCCCCUCCAGAACUUCAUUAAUGGCUGUCUGGCAGCAGGGGUGGCCCAAACCCUCUCCUACCCCUUUGAAACUGUAAAGCGGAAGAUGCAGGCGCAGAGUGCCCGUCUUCCCCAUUUUGGUGGAGUGGACGUCCAUUUUAGUGGAAUGAUUGACUGUUUCAUACAGGUUGUUCGACAUAAGGGCGUCCUCUCGCUGUGGAACGGCCUCACUGCCAGCACAAUAAAGAUUAUUCCCUACUUUGGCCUUCUUUUCACCUGCUUCGAGAUGUGCAAGCAGGUUUGCCUUUACCGCAACGGGUACAUCGUCUCACCCCUGAGCUACAAGCUCGCACCGGGGGUUGACCAGAGCCUCGGGCCGUAUGAGCUGGAAGAGGUGAAGCGCUACUUAAAAAACAGAAACUUUGGGUCAGGACAGUCGUCUUUUGGAAACCGCUGGUGAAAGGUCAUAUGGGAAGAUUGAAAAAAUAUUGACUGCUGACCUUACUUGACCAACAAAGUGAGUUAUUUUCUGGACUGAAGUACUUCAGAGGCCUGUGUCUGAAAUAAUUACAUAACAUUGUGUUUCAGGUUUUCAUAUGAGAUAUAAAGUUGCAUUUACAUUAUGUCCUGUCAAGGGCUACCUCUUACAGAGUAUUGUUAUUUUACAGUAUUAAUGGUUUAUGAAUUGUUCACUGACACAACAUGUCCUUUCAUGACUGUUUUUAACCAAAUAUUAUGUGCCUUGAGCUUUAGUUAUUUAUUUUGAGUCUUAUCUCAGUUAUUGUGUCAUUGACAUCAAAUAGUGCCAUAGUUUAUUCUCAUAGGUUGCACAUUCUCUUUUACUAUCCUCGCGUGAUAGAUUGUAUUUUUAAUGAACAAUGAAUGUGAAAUUUUGAUGUUUCAUACGUUUGAGUAGUUACGGACGAUCGUGUGCAAGUGCUAACAUGGACUGAAAUGUGCUCACAGCAUUAAAAUUUCACUGACAUGUA